AUGUCUCUGCAACUUCGUGCCGCCAACGGUUCGCCCAUCACAACCUAUGGUCGGAGAUUCCUCGAUCUCAACCUUGGAUUGCGUCGUCCCUUUCGUUGGGUUUUCAUAGUGGCAGAUGUGACCACCGGCAUUAUUGGUAUGGAUCUCUUGCAGCACUAUCAGCUGCUGGUAGAUGCUGGCAAGCAUAAGUUGAUAGAUUCUACCACAACACUCUCUGUUUCCGGUAUAGUCACAAAGACGCCGCCCCUCAGUCCCGUGUACUGCACGACGGACGCUUCUAGUCCCUAUGCGUCUAUCAUUCAGUCCUUUCCGGAUGUCUUUAAGCCAAGUCGUUGUGUCCCUUGUGUGACUUCGAACGUUUCUCAUCACAUAACGACGACUGGCCCUCCAGUAUUUGCGAAACCACGGCGAUUAUCCCCGGAGAAACUGCGUGCUGUAAAAGCCGAGUUCGAACACAUGCUUGAAAUGGGAAUAAUCAGACCAUCCAACAGUCCAUGGUCUUCACCCUUGCAUGUGGUACCCAAGAACAAUGGCAUGGACUGGAGGCCUUGUGGUGACUACCGAAGGCUCAACGCUAAAACGAUUCCAGAUCGUUACCCAGUCCCUCACAUUCACGACUUGACUGCAUCUUUAAAAGGCUCGGUUAUCUUCAGUAAGCUUGACUUGACGCGUGCAUAUCAUCAGAUCCCGGUUCAUCCUGAUGAUGUUCCCAAGACAGCCGUCAUUACACCGUUUGGUCUUUUUGAGUUCCUCCGUAUGCCUUUUGGUCUUCGCAAUGCAGCACAAACCUUCCAACGUUUUAUUCACGAUGUUUUACGUGGACUCGAUUUCGCCUAUGCCUACCUAGACGAUAUACUAAUCGCUAGUCCAGACGAAGACACCCAUUUUAACCACUUGAAACAGGUUUUCGCCAGACUGUCAGAGCAUUCGAUGACAGUCAACCUGGCCAAAUGCCAAUUGGCGUUCGUUCACUAA